AUGGAGAACAGCUGGAGUGUAUCAUUGGGGUCAGAGUUCAGGGUAAGGGUUAGCUGGCUUAACCCAGUUCCGUCUCCAACACCAGUAUCUUAUAUUCUAGUGAACAUGGCUGGCUCCUCAGCAGUAUUCAGUCCAUCUGCCUACUGUAUCUGAACAGUCAUAUAGUUUGCUGUAGUCCCACUCCUGCUGUUUAUGGUUUGUUCUGGCAGUCACGGUUCCCACUGUCCAGAUGUCCAGCAGACUCUCUGCAAAUCGCCUGGCAUAGCUGCAGUCCAGGCCACUUCAGCCAGUCAAGCUAUCUCAGGUGCAAUUAGGCUUAUUCUAAGGGGCUAACAACUGUUCUGGACAGGAAAUCUGGUGCUGUCUUUGACCGUUUCAAUGUGUUCGAUUCACUAACUAUGUUUUCUGUUAUUGACUGCCUAUGACACCUGUUCAUUCAUAGUAAUAUCAGCUCCAUGACAGAGAACUUAGGUAUAGUUUUACCCAUAGAAAUAAGAAUGAAUAGUCAAUGAUGGCAUAAUGGGUGGACUGGCAGCCAUUUUGAGUGUACCCAUGCCAGGUCGUAAAAGGAGGAAGUGUACCCUUCAAUCUGAGUCAACCCAACUCACAUUACAAAAAAAUACAUUCCAUUGCAUGAGCCACAUCAGUUAGCAUCAUUUGAAUGAACAUUCCACAUUACUAUGGCAAUCCAGCAUCAGUUGAUAGAAUGUUCCAAAAUACCAUAUAAAUUAUUGCAUCACAAUACCAGGCAGCCAUUGCGAGUGUACCCUUGAUUUUACCAGUCAAUUGCCAGGGUUAGCGCUUCCAAGCCCGUUCUAUUCAUUCUUAUUUCUGAAUGAGGUGAGACAAGGAGGAGCAGAAGGAGGAGAACAUAAUAGCUGAAGCACUGACCUGAAAACCUAAACUAACAGCUCUCUCUUCUCUACCUCCAUCCCCUCCAUAUCCCCUCCCCCUCCCUCCAUCCCCACAGCCAUCACACCUGAGUUCGGAGCCUCUCCUCCCUCCACACAGUUUCCACUCCCACAGCUUGCGGCGGCUGCCCAACUACCAGCCCCUCCACAUCAGCCACCCCAUGCCUGUCUCCCUCAGUGUGGGUCAACAGCCCCUGCCACCAGUCCCACCCCACCACAAGGCUCUACCGGCCCACACCGCCCUCUCCCCACCACGGACACCGCCGUUCCACAGCCUUCCCCGACAGCAGCCCUACAGAAUGGACCAGGUUAGUACUAACUGUUCAGCUAUACGCCAUGAAUACAAAUACAGAUGGAUUUCCCUUAUUGGGGAUUUCUUUGGAAAUUGAUCUAGCUCGGAUCGACAUAGUAAAAAGUAACAUAUUCCAAAAGGAAAAUCUAAAAAUGUACUUUAUGUCCUCGUCCCAAUACCCAUACUACCACACAAUGUAUAAGUUAUGGACGAUGCAUACUAAGUAGUGUGUUGCUAUAACCAUUGGAACAGCACUUUAUUCCUACAGUUCUCCAUGUUCUCAACACAUCAUGCUUUGUGCUGAGCCAGCGGGACUGUGUAUAGACGAUGUAAGUCCAUCUGUCUGCUCAGGGCUCAUGCAGGCAGCUGAUCUGAAUGCGUGGAGCACCAUGUCAGAUGUCCGCGGGUUUAUGAGGUGCAGUGUACACUAGCAGAUGCACGUCGCUGUAAAAAAGACAUUAACUUUGAGAUGUUACUUUUCUCUCUUGUGUAUAAAGCACAUAACUGCUCCCAGAUAUAAAGGAAGAGCAUGCAGGAGAUGGAGAGAGACAGAUAUAGAUGUAAUGCAUCCUUCUCCUGAGGUACUCUCUGUUGAGGUGGGGCAACAGAUGGAUCACAUAUGUGGGAAUGGAGUGUGUGUGUAUCUUGGUUUCCAUAGCAGCCUAGCACAGUUCAGUUCCCCAUUGAGAAAAAAAAAAUAUAUAUAUGGUAUCUGUACAUCCAAGGCACUCAGGUUCUCUUGUACCCAUUAAUUUUUUUAACCAAACAUGAAAUAAUGAUGAAAUUCAAACUCAUGAGCUGUAUACACUGCUUGAAUAAUUGUGUACCCCUCCUGGUCUCGGGUUUGACUCGGUCUCCCCCACCCGCUUUAGGUGGUCUCGUCUUCAUGUGCUACUAUAACCCCACUACUCUACCUACCAUGGUCAAACCACUCACAUAAUGGGAUAAUAUUAUUUCACAUCAGGGGGACACAAUUAUUCAAGCAUUGUCGGUAUAAAUCACAUUCAAGCAGUUGCUGACACUGACACAUAAAACAUUACAGAGCUGGAAGUCCCUACAAACUCAUUUAGUUUAGGACACACUUUCCACUCUUAAUAUGUGACAGUGAUUUCACAACAACAUGGAUAAAUGUUUUUACACUUCAUUCAGUUCUCUAAAUGAUUUGCAUUUGGUGUUUGCUGAAACUUGGCACUUAUUUGUGAGUAUUGCUCAAGGUUUCUCCCUUUCCUUGCUACAAACUGUGCAGAGCAGCUGGGAUGCUGCUAGCAGAUGUUUGUCAUUAGCUCGUCCUCCCCUCCCUGUUUUAGAUUAGUAACACAUGAUGGCACCUCGUUUAGUUAAACUUUCAGAGAGAACUGCUACAGUGGUGGCUACAGACCUGACAGAUGCAUUAUACAGAGUCUACCUUAUGUUGGUGACACACUAUAACACAGUGCCCUCUAGUGAGGUUUCAGUACCAACACUACUCUUCAAACUUCUGGUUUGUCGUUCCUAGGACUGCGAGAAACCCAGUCCGCCCCAGAAGCCCCUGCCUGCAGACCCUCUGGGAAGGAGUGCUCGGGUGGGACACAGCACCUCGGUGGUGGGGGUCCGCCUCCCUGGACCCAUCCCUAUCCCCAUCCCCACCGUGCCCAGACCCCUGCUCACCAUCCCACAACCAAACAGGUCUGUGCUACGGUGGCCUGGCUGGCACAAAGUUUAUAGGUUAAUGAGGAGUGGUUGUUCUUUUUUUCCUUUUUUUUUUCUUUGCUCUGCAUUUUAUUCACUUGUGCUUUUUUUUCACUUUUCAGACCUGCACCCAUGCAACCACUGAGACUGCCAAAGACUCAUCAUUUCGACCGCUGA